AUGGAAGCAGACAGGGAAAUUGAAAGGAAGAAGCUGGAGUGGGAGGAGGCAGAGAAACAACGGCAGUUCGGGAGGGAGAGAUGGCAACAUAUGGGCAGCGGGGCAGACCGGGAGGAGAAGUUUAAUGUUGGACCUGUUUCCAAUGUCACUGUUACAUCUGAUGCCACCAGACUGAUUGAGUACAGCGACACCGUCAGACUAACCUGCUCCGCAACAGGCACGGAUGUCUCUUACCUGUGGCUUGAGCAGAACAGCGUGAUCAUUCCCGGUGGCAGGUUUGAGCUGAGUGCCGAUAACAGCACACUCACUGUUUCUGGAGUGCGACGGACAGACGGAAGUUUCACCUGUAGAGCAAGCAACGUGAUUAACGAAAUCACGAGCGCUCCGUUUUCUCUUAAUGUCAACUACGGACCGGAUCGUCCAUCCAUCAUCACUCAACCGCACUCGUCUUUUCACAUUGCCGGAGGCUCCCUAAGGUUAACAUGUUUCUCACAGUCCCACCCAGAUGCUCAAUUGAAUUGGCAACUGAACGGUGCCCACCUACACAGUGGGCAGGAGGUCGUCCUCGACAGCAUCUCUGUGAACAACGCGGGAACGUAUACUUGUGAGGCCUAUAACAUGGUUACAAAAAGGAACAAUGCCUCAACUACGCAAAUCAAUGUGUUCGAACGUGUUUCCAAUGUCACUGUUACAUCUAACGCCACCAGACUGAUUGAGUACAGCGACACCGUCAGACUAACCUGCUCCGCAAGAGGCACGAAUGUCUCUUACCUGUGGCAUGCGGAGAAUCGCAAGAUAAUUCCUGGAGACAGGAUUGUUCUGAAUGAAGAUCACAGCACACUCACUGUUUCUGGAGUGCUACGGACAGACGGAAGUUUCACCUGUAGAGCAAGCAACAUGAUUAACGAAAUCACAAGCUCUCCGUUUUCUCUUCAUGUCAGCUACGGACCGGAUCGUCCAUCCGUCAUCACUCAACCGCACGCAUCUUUUUACAUUGCUGGAAGCACGAUCAGGUUAACAUGUUCCACGGAGUCCCGCCCAGAUGCUGAAUUGAAUUGGGAACAGAAUGGUGCCCGCCUACAAAGUGGGCAUGAGGUCGUCCUCGACAGCGUUUCUGUGGCCCACACGGGAAAGUAUACUUGUGAGGCCUAUAACACGAUUACAAAAAGGAAUAAUGCCUCAACCACGGAAAUCAUUGUGUUCGAGACAGUGACUGGGGUUACUGUCGUGGCCAGUGAUCCCAACCCCCUUGAAGACCCCGAUACCAUCACACUCAGCUGUCCCGCGUCGGGCACUGUUCAGACACGGACAUGGUUCAAGGAUAACCAACCCAUCCAGGAAAACGGCAGAAUAUUUACAUCCCCCGACAAGGCGAAACUGACUAUAAUCAGAGCUAACAGAAACGACGCAGGGACGUACAAGUGCAUCGCCAGCAAUUCAUUCAGCAGUGGCGCUGGAGUGACCAACGUGCAAGUUUACUAUGAAAAUUGUACCUUCCGGGCUGGCGCGAUCGUGGGCAUUAUACUCGGUUUACUUAUCAUGGGCCUGGUGGGAGGAUUCAGUGGAUGGCUGUUCGCAGGAAAAGCUGGCGGUUUAUUCAGCAUCAUAUAUCCACCGAAAUCUAAAAAUGGCACGGGCAGAAAUUCCGGAUGGAAAAGCACCUUCGAUACAAAGACCGUAAACUCAUCAGAAUAUUAUGAAAAUGUCCAAAUGGAUGAACAGGGUGCAAGGAACAAUGCGCAGGAUGGAGACUCCACUUAUACGGGUCUUAUCCUGGAGUAUCGAUCUGUUUACCGUGAUCUGAACAGCUGACGUCACUGUGAACGGAAGCCGAUGAUUGGAUCGUGAAUUGGCACAGAGAAUGGACAACCAUCCAGGAUAAAUCCACCGUUCAAAAUGGCUUUUUUUUUCUUUGUAAUCGUUCUCGAGGUCUCAACUAAACCUCUUCCGCGUUUCCUAGCCUCACGACAAAGACAUCACAGAAGAUUCUGUCUCGUUUCCGUCGCAGCAGCUUAGUUCUCUCGCAUCAACCCAGACUGGUGCUGUGGCGUUUCAGGGGAUUUCCAUAAAAUGACCGCUGUUUGAAUCCCUAUCCCGGCCGUACUCUAUUCUCAACACGUGAUCAGUUGUGUUUGAGCUGCAAUGUCUAAUCUAUAUAGCAAAAUUACCCUACCGCAUAGCCCUCUAUGGUUCUGAGCUCAAUGUACCAAUCUCAGUGUCUCUGGAAAGUCCCAUUGUAUCGGCCUUCGCUCGCCACGCACCCAUCACUCUCUGUGUGAAAAACGUACCCCUGGCAUCUCCUUGUACCUACUUCCGAGCACAAUCGUGUUCGCCAUUUCAGCCCUGGAGAAAAGCCUCUUGCUCUUGCACGAUCAAUGCCUCUAAUUAUCUUAUACGCAUCUAUCAGGUCACCUCCCAUCCUCCGUCGCUCCAAGGAUGAAACGCAAAUUCCGGCUGAACCUGUUCCCAUAAGGUAUGUUCCCCAAUCCAGGCACCAUCCUUGUAAAUCUCUUCUGUUAAUCGGGU